AUGAUAUGGUCUGAUAUGGGCCUGAUUUGCGAGGGGGUGUCGGAUGGCUUUGCCAGUCUCCAUGUGGGCCACGACGGGAAGAUCCUAGGUGCAACCAUCGUUGGCCCGAAUGCUGGUGAUCACAUAUCUGAAGUCACACUGUGUAUGCAGCAUGACAUCACAGCAGAUGAGCUCGCUGGCACCAUUCAUCCCUAUCCUACAGCGGCCGAAGUCGUCAGACAGGCCGCACAGGCUUACGUGCGCAGCCGCAUAUUCCAGCCCAGCAACCAGGAGCUACUGCGGCGAAUGAGCGAACCAUGUGAGUUCAUCCAUUCCGAGCUCUCCGAGUCGGGGCUGCGCACGCUCCGGCGGCCUAAAGCAUUGAACGCCUGUGACGCGCUGAUGGCCAAGGCCAUCGGAGAAGCCGCAAGCGCCGACUCGAAGCAAAGCUCCGACGCAGGAGCCCCUGGCAAGGCUGCCUUCUGUGCGGGCGGAGACGAGGAGCCACACAGCUCGCUCCCCAAGCUGCAGCUUGGCCAUGAGUACGGGGCUGUGGCCACCCUCAGCCGCAAGAGGCAGGAAGGCGUGCCGGUGAUUGCCUUUAUGGACGGCAUUACCAUGGGCUUCGGCCUGGGCUUGGCCUGUGCUGCAGAGUUCCGUGUGGUGACAGAGCGGUCGUUGCUGGCCAUGCCCGAGUGCGCCAUCGGCAUCUCCCCGGAUGUUGGCUUCAGCGCCAUGGCUGCGGCUUUGCCGGUGCCGGGCCUCGGCCGAUGUAUGGCUUUGAGCGGCUGGCGCCUCACAGGCCCGGAGGCGCUGGCUGCAGGCUUGGCUACGCACCUGGUGCCCUGGAAGGGCCUUGGAGCCUUGAAGGAGAAGCUCCUGCGCUUAAACUGGGAAGAGGAGGCUUCGAAGCUGCAGCUGGCUCAGAUACUCCGGGAAGAGAGCCUAAGCCUGGACUCGGUGGACUCCGGGCUCAAUGACACGAUUCUCAAGGUACUCAGCCAGACUUUCACCCCGUCCACGUCAGCGAAAGAGAUCCGGGAUCGGAUGCGCUCAGCAGACUCGGAAGUCGAUGCUGAUGUCAAGAGCUGGUUGGAUCAGAGGCUCUCAGGCUUCGAGAAGGGAUGCCCCAUGACGCAGGAGGUCGUGCAGUGUCUCAUGGACCAAGCAGACCGGGAGCUUCAACUGAGGGAAGCUCCCAGGGAAUCAGAUCGCCAUGAGCUCCUUUGUCGCGCCUUGGAGCGGGACUAUGCGACGCUCAUGAGGCUGCUCAGAGCCGGCGACUUCUACGAAGGUGUCAGGGCAGCCCUGAUCGACAAAGACGGCGCUCCUCAAUGGAUGGCAGACCUGGACAGCCUGGAUCCUUCCGAAGUUAGGAACGAGCAAGCAUGGCGUGACAGCAGCACGGGCCAUGCUCCAUGGGGCAGCUGCGCGAGGCUGUCAAACGGAAAAAACCUUGAGGUCUUGAAGCGUGUGCCCGAACUCUGA